AACUUUGCAUUUUGUGACAAAUAUAGCCAAAUUUGAAAAAAUACACAGAAAUAGCCAUUCCGUCCAUUAAUGUAACGGAAUUAUAAAGACGGCUGACUGGGCAAACGGUUGAAUGUGGCUGCAUUUUAUUUGGUCUAUGUGGCAUGCCAUGGUGGAAAACUAAAUUAAUUAUAUUUAUUAAAAAAAAACCCUACUUUACCAUUCUUUUCCUCAUCCGCCCUUUCCAAUUCUUCUCUUUUUCCUCUUCACAGAAAUCCCACCUCCAUUCCACCUAAACUUAAAAUCGCCGGCGACUCUCAAUCGACGAACGCACUCAUCAGCCUUGGUCCAUUAACCACUCGAUACGGUCCAGCUCGCCUCCGCGGUCCGACAAUACACAGGGAUUCAGACGUAGCAGCGACUGACAGAGGGAGGAUUUGCCGCAACAUCGACGGCGAUUCGCUUGUACCCUCUGCUCAUUGUCGAUUCCGGCGACGGCAUAUUUAAAAACCGCCCAGAUCUUUGGAAACCGCCCAGAUCUGGUGGUUUUUCAGGGAGGAAAUCUGCAAGGAGAUAGCGUCGAUUAGGUUUUAGUUUCUCGAUCUGCGAUGGAGAUUGUUGCUCUCCCUCAGCGGCAUGAUUGCGCGACCACGAGACGAGUCAGGAUUUUGAGCGCGUCCUCUUCUUCACGGCUCUCAAGCUUCUGCUGCAGCAGGGAAUUCAGACACUCCACUGCCUCGGCGUUACCCACGAGAUUUUCGAAUAAAGGGGAGGUGAAGGAAGGAGACGAAGAAGAUGAAUCUCAUCCGGCAGCAGCUGGUCUGCCUCUUCGACGGUGGCCAAGAUCUCUUCAGCUAGAGUAGCAAAGGACUCGACUUUGGCUGAGUGGAGUACGAAGAGAUGGACGGCGGCAGCUACCCAGGUUUAUUUUGCCAAAGAUGGAUGAAGCAGGCAGGGGAUCCAUGUAGUAUUUGGGGGAAUAGAUGAAGCCUGUGAAAUCAGAAGGCUAAGUGGUGAGAAGUGACAAGGAAGAAGAAUUAAAGAGGAAUCAGAAGGGGGAAGGAAGAAGAUGGACCGUAGAGAUUAUGGUGGUGGUGGUGGUGGUGAUGAGAGGGAUGAAUGGUUUGGUUGUUGUGAAUUUCAUUUGAUUUUUAGGUUUUUUUAUGUCCAUGAAAAUGGAGUAGGUUGGCCGUCAAAUGGAGAAGGAGGUUUAGAGACGAUGGUCAAUUAGAUUAUUUAUUUAUUAUAUUUUUUUUGUAAUAAAUAAUAUUUUUAAUUUUUAAGCUGACAUGGCAUGACAUGUGGCAUGACACGUCGAUUUAGAGUUGAUGUAAAAGCUGACUAGGCGCCAUCUCAGCUUGUUGUUGACAGACGCCAACGGCAUCUCUAACUCCGUCAAUAAAUUUAACGGAAAUGGCUAUAAUUGUCAAGGUAGUUUCAAAUUUGUGGCUAUUUCUGUGUAUUUUUUCAAACUUGGCUAUAUUUGUCACAAAGUGCAAAGUUAUGGCUAUGGAAGUGGAUUUUGCCUUAUAAAUAACACAUCUCAUCCAGGGACGCAUAAUUCUAUUCCAAGGACAUUCUUGCUUUCUAAAUAAACACAUCUCGUCAUUUUCUCUCAGAGUUUGAUCUAGAGUUGAUCAUUGUUUCUGACUCGGCUGAUGUAGCGGCAUCUGCAACCAAUAGAAUUAUGGGUCGAGUCGGGUCAAGAUCUCGGUGGGUGAAGCUGUGCAGAGCUCUUGGCAAUCUCAUUUGUCCGGAUUACAGGUUCCAAUAGACGAGAACCUAGUUGCUAGGAUUGUCGUAUAGGGAUGACAAUUUCGACCUGACCCGUUUUAUCCCACAUGUUGGCCUGUUUUGGGACGGGGCGGGACAGGCAUGGGUACUCUCAUCGACCCCGACCUGCACUGACCCGCCCAAUUCUCGACCCGUUCUUGCCUAAAUUACAUGUAAUCUUAGUAAAUCACUUAGGAUUUUCUUUUAUUACAUCAUAAUUUAGUUACAAUAAAGUUAUAAAUUAGUGAAAACAUCAAUUUCUCUAAAAAUUUAACUACAUUUAUCAUAAUAUUGUUUGUAUUCUUGGUCUUAUAAUAAAAAUAACGAACUUUUCUAAUGAUUUUCAUAUAAAUUGCAUACCCAUUGGGUCGACCUGCCCCGACCCGUAAUAAAUACUCGACCUGCCACGGGGUAGGUCUAGGUAUCAAGAAACCCUCUCCGGACCUGUCCCAUUGCCAUUCCUAAUUGUCCAUGGAUGUGGAGAAGAGGAAGGCGAAUUCGUGGACCAGAAGGAUUGAAGGAGGGUUUAAUUUAGAGGGAGGAGUGAUGGGAAAUGACAGAAGGCGACGAACGUUUGUGGGUUUUGCGGGUUGUUUACAUAGAUUUUUCGUAAUAGAAUGUCAUUAUAAACUCCAUGAUCCCUAUGAAGGAACUAUGAUUCUUCGGUAACUUGCAAUGAACGUAAUAUGAUAGA